UUCCUGUUUCUUUAGGGGAACGUGGCUUUCUCCGCAGCGCCUGGCCUCCCAUCCGCCUUCCUGCCGCAGUGGCCGGAGCCAGAGUCGGAGCCCGAGCGCAGCCUCGCCAUGGAUUUGUCCGUCAGCGACCCGCCCAACGGCAGCACCGAGGCAGCCAUCCCACCCAACGGCACCACGCGGCCGCCUUCCACCCCCGAGGGCAUCGCGCUGGCCUACGGCAGCCUCCUGCUCAUGGCGCUGCUGCCCAUCUUCUUCGGCGCCGUGCGCUCGGUGCGCUGCGCCCGCGGCAAGAGCGCCUCAGACAUGCCUGAGACCAUCACCAGCCGAGAUGCUGCCCGCUUCCCCAUCAUCGCUAGCUGCACUCUGCUGGGGCUCUACCUUUUUUUCAAAAUAUUCUCCCAGGAGUACAUCAACCUCUUGCUGUCCAUGUAUUUCUUCGUGCUGGGAAUCCUGGCCCUGUCCCACACCAUCAGCCCCUUCAUGAGUAAGUUUUUUCCAGCCAACUUCCCAAACCGACAUUAUCAGCUGCUCUUCACACAGGGCUCUGGAGAAAACAAGGAAGAGAUCAUCAACUAUGAGUUUGAUACUAAGGACCUGGUGUGCCUGGGCCUAAGCAGCGUCGUUGGUGUCUGGUACCUGCUGAGGAAGCACUGGAUUGCCAACAAUCUGUUUGGCCUGGCCUUCUCCCUUAACGGGGUGGAGCUCCUGCACCUGAACAACGUCAGCACUGGCUGCAUCUUGCUGGGCGGACUCUUCAUCUACGACAUCUUUUGGGUUUUUGGCACCAACGUGAUGGUGACAGUGGCCAAGUCUUUUGAGGCACCAAUCAAGCUGGUGUUUCCCCAGGAUCUGCUGGAGAAGGGUCUCGAAGCCGACAACUUUGCCAUGCUGGGCCUUGGUGAUAUCGUCAUUCCAGGGAUCUUCAUUGCCUUGCUGCUACGUUUUGACAUCAGCCUGAAGAGGAACACCCACACCUACUUCUACGCCAGCUUCACUGCCUACAUCUUCGGCCUGGGCAUCACCAUCCUCGUCAUGCACAUCUUCAAGCAUGCGCAGCCAGCCCUCCUGUACCUGGUCCCUGCAUGCAUUGGUUUUCCUGUUCUGGUGGCGCUGGCCAAAGGAGAAGUGGCGGAGAUGUUCAGCUACGAGUCCUCGGCGGAAAUCUUGCCUCAUACGCCGAGGCUCACCCACUUCCCCACAGUCUCGGGCUCCCCAGCCAGCCUGGCCAACUCCAUGCAGCAGAAGCUGGCUGGCCCUCGUCGCCGGCGCCCGCAGAAUCCCAGCGCUAUGUAAUGCCCAGCAGUUAUGAGGAGUCGAGUCCUAAGGACCCAGCAGCUGUGAGCGAGUCCAAAGAGGAGGCAAGAGAGGCGUCAACAUCGAAGAGGCUGGAGAAGAAGGAGAAGUGAAGCUGCUGCCCCCUGACCCUCAGCGGGCCACACCAUACUGGCAGGGUGGGGCUGCCAGGCAACACGGACAGAGAACACCUGCAGGCGCCAAAGGCUGCCCCAGGAUGGGGUGGGGGGGGCUUCUGGUGCCUAUUUCCAUCUAUUUCCAUCUCCCCCUCUCUGGCCUUCCUCUUCUCCUCAUACCCUGCAGGCAUUGAAACCUUCAGCUUCCUCACACCCCCAAGGAACCAAGUGGGAAUUGGGGGUGGCUUCUAGUUUUUUGUAUUGUGUACUGUCUCCCAUUAAAAUGCUCCCCAAGGCCAGCCAGGCUGCUGUGCUCCUGGUGGGUUCUGAGUAACUGCA